AUGAAUGCUGAAAAGAACAACGCUAAAGAUGCUCGGCCACGAACCCCCAGCAACAACAAUACAGCAACCUACAGAGAUUUAGUCAUCUUUGAAGAGCGAUUACGAGGAAACAUGACACGGUUACUUAAGCGAAAGAGAAAAUAUGAGACUCUCUUGGUCAGUUUGUUUGUGUCGCUUGCUUAUUUUUUUUAUGCUGUGUUCAUAGAUCCAAGCAAAGUGUUCAUGUUCCAUUUACUAAACACAAUUACUUUACUGAGUGUGGCAGGUGGUUUGGUUUUCUUUUAUCGGUCUGGCAUGUACUCUGAGAAGAUUGUUUUUGCGCAAAAAUUUGUGCCCCACUGCAACAUUGCAUUAUCAUCAUUCAACCUACAGUUCAACACGGAACAAGGCGGUGGAUUGAGCUUUUUGACAAAGAUCCCCAAGCAGUUCCAAGAGGGAUUCGAAUCAUAUAGAAAACAAUAUCACGCAAGAAAGAAGGCAAGGCAAGCAAAACUAAAGAAAUCAUCAUCUGCGCAGUAA